UCCAACCCAUCUUGGGGUUUAACAUAUCUAUAUUUAUACAUGCACACAAAGAUAACUUCGUAAGAAAAUAAGUGGUUGUAUUUAUUUUAUUUAAUUUAUUUCAAUAAAUAGCAUAGCUGGAUCAGCAGCCAUGAUACAAUCAAAGACAAAUCCCAGAAAACAAGUGAGUGUUAGAGAGAAAGAGGAGAAGAUGAGUAGGCCAACAAGCCCACGCAUAAAGCUGUCAAAACACCUAAAGAGAAUCUACCCAAUUGGGCUUCAGAAAAGCUCAUCGUCUCUUUCGCUCUCCUCAUCCCUGUCCUUGUCUCUGUCGGAGAACUCGAACGACAGCUCUUCUCUUACGGAUUUCGGGUCUCCUCUUGAUCAGAAGAUUUCUUUAGCUCUCCGCCUCAUUGCACCGUCUCCUGCUCGGAGGAGAGAAAUCCCAUCUCCCAAAAAUGUUCACGAACAUCCUGAUAAUAAUAAUAUGGAUCCAUCGGAGUGGAAAAGGUGCAACUGGAUAACUAAGAACAGCGAUAAAGUUUACGUAGCAUUUCAUGACGACUGUUGGGGGGUUCCUGUCUACGAUGACAAUCAGUUGUUUGAGCUUCUUGCAUUGUCUGGCAUGUUGAUGGACUAUAAUUGGACUGAAAUUCUCAAAAGAAGGGAGCCACUCAGGGAAGCUUUUUGUGGAUUUGAUGUAAGCAGCGUUGGAAAAAUGGGUGAGAAAGAAAUUGAAGAGAUAUCAUCAAACAAAGCAAUAAUGUUGGCUGAAAGCAGAGUGAGAUGCAUCGUAGACAAUGCCAAGUGCAUAUUAAAGGUUGUUCGAGAAUUUGGAAGUUUCAGCAACUACAUAUGGAGUUAUGUGAACCAUAAACCAAUGAUAAACAGAUACAAGUACCCAAGAAAUGUUCCUCUAAGGUCCCCAAAAGCAGAAGCCAUAAGUAAGGACAUGUUGAAGCGUGGGUUUCGCUUUGUGGGGCCUGUGAUUGUGCAUUCCUUUAUGCAAGCUGCUGGCCUCACCAUUGACCAUCUCGUCGACUGUUACAGGCAUUACGAAUGUGUUAGCCUCGCCGAAAGGCCUUGGAGGCACAUUUAAUUUCUUAAUUAAUCACUCCAUGCCAUUAAUUACUUAUUCUCUAUUGUAUUAAUCCAUCUCGUAAUUUCCACUUCAAAGUUUUCCAACUUAAUUUGUACGUAGUAAUAAUUUAAUUCCUCCUCAGAAUUAUACUUUACAUAUAUAUACAUCACUCAUAUAUAUGUAUAUGAAUGAUAAAAAAAAAUAAAAAACCCUUAAUUAAUAUGUAUGUAAUAUUUAGGAUUUAAUUAUAUUUGUAUCAUUAAAGAUCAUGUACAAUUGUUCUUCUGUACAUUGAUAUAUAUAUAUAUAUAUUUAUAUAUAUAUAUAUGAUCAGCCGCCUGUGGUCCUCUUUAGCUUUUUGUCUCUUUUUGGUAGACCAAUAUGCGUGGUUUUUAACUUAUUUGUAACUAAAAUAUAUGGAAUUUUUUAUGAACAGAGAAACACGAAUAUGAAUAUCAUUCUAGUGAUUUCAUUCAA